GGAGACAGGCCGUCCGAAAGCAUCGUCGGAGGAGGGUGUGGGGAUGAGCAGAUUAUUACUACGCCUUCCCGAUUCACCCCCAUCGUCCCAUCAACUUUUCUUCCUAUCGCGUCCUCGUGGUCCCUCGCGCUCCCCGCCAUCAACUCAGGGCGCAUUCCUCCAUGUGUAACCCCCAUCUCCUGUUUCUGCACCACUCUCUCGAGAUGCCUUGAAGUGGCAGAGACCAUAUCCAUCACGAUAUUCCGAUUUUCAAUACACGCCCCAGAUCGGAACUAUAUCCUACCCCGCAAGAUGGACAUGAACAUGUCGGGCAUGGGCUCCAUGUCCAUGGGAAAUGGGGUGCCCGGCCUGUUCUACCUCCAGAAGAUGUACUGGGCUGUCAUAGGCAGUGCCAUUGCCGCUGGGACGGUCAUCAAUCUUCUGAACCGUUUCCUCGCCUGCCAAAGGCUCCGGGAUUCAUCUUUGACCCCCUCUAAGCCCAAAUCCAUCUUCUUUGGCACAUAUGCCACGUUGACGGCCUUGGUCCGCGAAGCCAGCUACGCGACCUUGCCUCCGUUGACUAUCCGUGGCCACAGCUAUCACUUUGCGCCGCUGGGCCCGCUGGCUAUCAUCCUGGCCAACCUGAUCGUCGUGCUCGUCUUUUGCUUCUACAAGCUGGACACGGCCGACCAGUGGAAAUGGGAGGAUGUGGGCUACCGCACCGGUUUCGUCGCCAUAUGCCAGCUGCCAUUGAUCUUUCUGCUGGCGGGAAGACAGAAUCUCAUUGGCAUCCUCGUGGGCAUGAGUUAUGAGCGUUUGAACUGGUAUCACCGGUGGAUCGCCCGGACUCUGUGGUUGACAGCAACUAUCCACAUGUGCUUUUGGUUUCGUGACUGGGGUCGUUACAACUAUAUCCUGUACGAGCUGAAGCACUACCCCCUGGCAACGAGAGGGUUCGCCGCAUGGUGUAUAUUGACCUUUAUUGUGAUUACCUCCGCGGCGCCAAUCCGACGGUUUGGGUACGAGAUCUUCGUUCUACAGCAUUUGGUGACCUUUGUUGGGUUCAUCGCUGCCGUGUGGCUCCAUGCACCAGCUGAGGUCAAGGUAUGGGUGUGGAUUCCAAUCGGCUUUCUCAUCUUCGACCGGGUGGCACGCUACCUGUGGGCAACCUACGCGAACUUGUCUAUCUUCCACCGUUCGAAGAACCCAACGCAUGCCCUCUGGGCCAAUCGCGCAACAUUCACCCCGUUGCCAGGCAAUGUAACCCUGAUAGCCAUCGAGAACCCCGGAAUCCGGUGGAAGCCAGGUCAGCACGUCUUCCUCACAUGCCAUUCGAUCGUGCCCCUGCAAAGUCACCCUUUUACCAUCUCGUCUAUUCCAGGAGACAACAGUCUGGUGAUGUACGUGCGCGCAGAGAAAGGCGGUACCAGGCGCUUCUUCCGGUAUGCAUCGAAGAACCACCACGUGCUAAGGGGCAGUGAUACGUCCCCAGCAAAAGAAGCACGAGCAGCCUUUGUGGAGGGACCUUACGGGUGCAUGCGACCCCUUCAGCAGUUUGACAGCGUGAUCCUACUGGCUGGUGGCAUGGGAGCGACAUUCACCGUGCCAUGUCUGCGGGAUAUAGUCGCUAGAUGGAGAACCGAGAGCACACAAGGCCAGUCAUCGAAGCUCACUCGACUGGCAGCGACGAAGCGAAUCCGGUUCGUCUGGGUGAUUAAGUCGCGCACGCAGUUGAGCUGGUUUGAAAGCCAGCUGCAGUCAGUCCUGACUGACGUCCAAGAGUGCCAACUAGCAAACCCAGACAUCAUCCGAGAGAUCGAGAUGAGCAUCUACAUCACCUGUGAUGAGAAGCUGGAGCCAGCGCAGAGUACACUGUGCGCGCAGGCAUCACAAUUCCAGCCGCAGACAACCGCAGUACCGGAGAAGACCGUCGAGAAAUUCUCCGAGAAAGCCACGACGGAGGAGAAGGACAACAUCUCUGUGGACUCCGUUGGACAGUCCGGGUGUAAACCGGGUGGAGGAUGCUGCUGCACUGCCUCUAUUGAAGACGAAGAAGAGAUCACUGAAACGAAAUGUACGUGUUCCGGACACGCCGCGCCGCUGUCAACGGACAUCAACCCACCAGCACCCGAAGCAGACACCAAACCAGAGAUACCGAUUUCCAGGCCCCACGACCUGACGAUCCUCUCCGGCCGACCACAUGCCCGGACGAUCAUCCGCAAGGUCCUCGAAAAGGCAGAGGGCGAGAGCGCGGUGGUGGUCUGCGGGCCACGGGGGCUGUCAGAUGAUGUGCGGCGGAGCGUGGUAUAUCUGAGUGACGAGCGGGCGGUACAUAAAGGGACAGGGGCGCAGGGAAUAUAUCUGCAUGUAGAGCAAUUCGGCUGGUGAUACUCCAUAGAUUAGAUACCCAUAUACUUUUUCAAGCUCACCUAUGAGCAGUUACUCAUCUACUUCAAUGAUUGUCCUAAUACCU